ACUUGGCCUUUGGAGCGUUACGGAAAAUGCCGCCGAAGAAGAAGCUCUCGAAGAAGGAGAAGGCCCGCCUGGAGGCCGAACAGGCCGAGCUAAUGCGGAUCGAAAUGGAAAAGGAGAAAAUGAAAAAGCUGGAGGAGGCGAGGCAGCGCAAGAAACUGGAGAUGGAACAGGCCAGACACCGGCAGCAACAGGAGGUGGCCGAGAACAGGAUACGACGCUCUCAGCUGAAGGACAGCAUGCUCUUCUUCGACGCCGUUCGCACCACCAUCGAGGCCAUCAAGGACGGGGAGCGCCACGAGCGGGACUGGGAGAAGUUCAUGCGAUGCAAUGGAUUGCCGAAUGCCGCCAGUCCCAGUGAUCUCCGGAAGUACAUCCAUCAGUGGCACACGGACAUCGCCAAGAGGCAGCUGGAGUCGCGCAACUGGCUCCUGAGGACGGACGAGAGGACAUUGCUCACCCAGGACGCCCAGGUGGCAGACUUGACGAGGAUAUCGCUGCGCCAGCAACAGGGCUCCCUGGGCGAUGUCUUUGCCCAGAGGAUCAAGGAGGUCCUGGGGGUAAGUAGACUACUUCCCACCUACCACCUACUAGUAGAUCCUUACUUUCAGAUCCUCAACGAACUGGACGACAUGCUGCCCUUCAAACAACGCUCCAUACACGUGGCCGCCGAUCUCGUCAAGCUGAAGACUGAAAUGAGGGUCUUUCUGAGACAACAUCUGGAUGAGUUCACCUACAAGACCAUGUCGCACAUAGAGAGGGAUAUGGAGAUCGAUAGACCGGGGGUUUCAAAGCACAUCUAUAGCUCCGAUGUCUUUCAAAGUUUUGUCUGGACUUUCUCCAAAGAUGCUCAAAUAGCCAUUAACCCGAAGGCCCGGAUUGGAGAGCAGAGUGCCCACAAUGAGAUCGAUUUUCCCACAAUUGAAAUGCAGAUAUCCUUGCCGCCAACUGUUCACCUGCAGAGUUCUGCUCUGAGGGGCUUGUGGCUCAAUUAUGACCACUUUAGUGACUACUGUGCCAGUUAUAACCUCAAACACGCCAGAUCUGCCAAUGCCAAUAUCCUCCGGCAGACGAAGCGCGAGUGGCGCAAAAGGAAGGAGAUCCUUCAGGCCAUGUUGGACGAGUGCGGCCGGGAAAUCCCCCUCUCCGAGCUGGAGCAACUAACCCAGGACCAGCACUCCGCCAGCUCCCAGCCGCCCAAGGAGAAGACCUACGAUGUGGAUAAAUUAUAUGCCGAGUACGAGGAUGAACUGAGCAAGGCCCAUCGCAGAGCCAUUGGACCGGAGGCCUAUGGAAUGCUGGAGACGGACGUGAAUCUGCGAAAGUACAGGAUCAUUGGAGGAGUGUACUGUAUUGACUUUCUGGAGACACCCCAGCAGGACAAGCAAUUGAAUGCCAGAUCCUUUAUACGAACAAUAACCUCCGCCAACAGUCUGAUCCACAAGGAGUACUACCAGACCUACAAGCCCCCACCACCUGUACUGCCCGGAGUUCGACGUCUGCCGGAGGAAAUCGAGGCUGAGAUGCGGAUGAUUGAAGCGGCGCUGGACAAGCUGGCUCUGGUGACACUCCAAUUACCGGAUUCUGUGAUCUGGUUCGAGCCACCAGUGGCCUGUCGCUGGGAGACGCAUGUGGAGACUCUGGAAAUGGAACUGGCGGAUGGCAUGAUGCCGGAUGCUAAGAAACCGGAUACCGAGCCAGAUGCCGACGCAGAUGCCACCGGAGCUGUGAGUGGCACGGCAGCGGGCACCACGGCCACGCCCACAGAAGCCACACCCCUGUCCACCCACGCCCAGCCGAGUCCUUUGAAGAGUUCGCCGCGUUGUCCGGCCAGAAUGCGUUCACAGAAAUCGGAUAUUCAAGGGAACUCUCAACAACAGAUCCUUCGGGAGAUUAAUGACUUUGAUCUGCGCGCCAUACCCAGCGACGUGGACUUGUACGGUUUGGUGAAGGACUUUGUGGUGCCACGUUUGCCGCAAGGAUUCUGUGUGCGGCUGGAGCAGUCGACUCCUUGCUCGGAAAGUGGAUUGCGGCAGAGGAGAGUCAUGUUCCUGGCCCGCCAGACGCACAUUCGUUUGGGCCAGGGCCAGGUCUCCAGUGUUGGCAGCACAGACGAGUCCUUGGCCCGGCCGGAAGACCUGAAGUUGGGCCAGAAGAACGGCCUGGGUGCCGAGUUCUUGGACACCGAUGAGCCGGCAGAGCUUUUCCCGCCACUUUGUUUCGAUAAACUUUUGAAAUUCCGGCAAAUGGCCGCUCGUCCUGUUGUCCAGGUUGGCGGUUACCUGUUCUCCCAGCUGAUCGAGGACAUGGAUCGGUUGUGGAGACUGCAACUGCCCAGGGAGCAGCAGGAGGAGAUAAUCCAACAGAUUUCCGAACAACUUUCGCCCACGGGAUCCAAGGGGAGUGAUGGAGCUGACAAAGAAGGACGAGAUGGAGAAGGAUCUCAAAACCUCAACGAUCUACCCGAGGACAUGCAACCCCUUAGCCAGGAGCUGGUGGAUGUCCUGCAGCCAGCUGCCGCUGCUGCCGCCUUCGCCUACUACACGGGCAUAUCCUUUGUGAAGGACUCGCAAAUGCCCUCGGAAACGGACGGAGAGCAGGACAACGCCACCAGCAAGCGCUCGAACAGCAUGGACAGCAGCGAGGACGACGAGGACGAUGUGGACAGCCUGGUGGCGCUGCUGGAAGGCGCUGGGACCACCUCCACGGCUGGGAAUACGCUUCACGACCUCCUGGGCCCCCCCAGCCACAACAAUACCAGCGACAAUACCAGCGACAGCGAAAGCAAACAAAGGAAGAGCACAGCAGCCGCCCUGACCCAGGGCAAGUGGAGCACUCGAGAUGUUCACGAUACGAAGUUCAAUGAGGACAAGCUCUCCAUACAGUUCCGGACAGGACGACUGGGAAUUUUUGGAUUUGCGUUGAAUAAGUAUAGCAACAUGCCGUAUCAAACGUGGGACCUGCGCCCGGAUAUGAAAAAUCCUGGCACUAUAAUAUUCAGCUUCACGGCAUCGCUCAUCAGCUUGGACAUGACCAUUACGGAAUUCGGGUAUACGGUUAAUAAUUUUCAGGGCGGGAGCACCCAGGGCAUUACGGAUAUGAUCGGCAAGACGUUGUCCUUGGGGGAGCUGAAGGCCACCCUUAUCCUUUCGGCCGUUGACAUCUUCCCGGACGAGGACGCCUUCUGCUAUACGGAGGGAUCCUGCGAGAAGAACUAUGUGAUGGAAAUGCACUGUUACGCCUGCCUCUCCACCCUGGCCCAAUCCCAUAACUUUAGUUGGUCGCGUUGGAAUCUAUUGGCCGGAUCGAGAACUGCCGUCCUGCUGGUCCGGGAACUGAUCGAAGGGAAGAAGGUGCCGUACUACUCGACUCUGUUGGUAACGCCACUGAAAACCUCAAUUAUCGAUUGCACGGAAGUGUCGGCCAGUUUUAACGCCGUUGGUAUACCCGGAAUGGAGUAUUACGCCGAUCUGUAUCAGCUUUCGCAGGCCCAUGCCCAGCCGGGUAGUUUGGAAAAGCAAAGGACAAUGAAUCCAGUGCUCAGGGAUAAUAUAGCCAGGAUCCUGAUGGGUAUACGACCCUUGAGUUUGUGCUGAUU